AAAAGGUUUAUUGGCGGGGGACAAACACCCGCUGUAUACCCACUGCUAACGUCAAUCGCGUUAUGUUAGGCUAUUUUAUCGAGGUACUAGCUAAGUUUAACUUAGUCAAUAUCAGUAUUUAUUCAUUGUCAGUUCUCAUACGAAUGUUGUAAAGUAGCGCGAGUCGGUGACUACACAAAAACUGUUCGUACAACUUAAACGACGAGCGUUUUCGUUCCAUCAAUUUCGGUUGUAAAUCAUAAAGUUUUUAUUUUUCAAUUGCGGCUCCAAUGCGGUCAAUGGAAAAAAUGCCAAGCCAAGAUUUAAACUCGACCGACAGACUGUCAGAAUUCAGUAUCGUAAUCGAAGACUUUGAUUCGGCUAAAAACACGAGCAAAGAUGACUGUUUAACGCAAGAAGCUCCCGUGUACCAAAGAACACAGAGGCCUUAUACAAGGCAGACAUCAGAUGCGACAAUUAGAAAAAUAUUGGAAGAAGCGGAACAUCGAAAACACGAAUUUUGGAAGUUAAUCGAUGAACACUCGGCAGUUGUUGAAAACUUGAAGAAAAUGGAGCUAGAAAAUACCGGCCCGAUAUGUAAGGCAACGCCUGAAGCUGCAUCGAUACGUACUUAGAAGGUGCUUAGGAUUUAAAAGUCAUACUGUACAUAUUAAUGUAGUAAGAUUGCAUUUAAUUAUUGAGAUGUUGUACAUAUUUUUAAAUGGUUCUAAACAUCAACGAGAUCUGGAAGUAAGUCUGGUCUCGCAUUUGCCUUUUGAACUGUCGUAAUGGGGUAAUAACAAGCGCUUUUCCACAUUUAGUGCGCACAAGAAAGUCAGUAGAUUAAUGAAAAUAUGUAAAAAAAGAGAAAUGCUCAAAGCAUUUUGUAAGACUGCAAUUCAUAGUUUAAGUAAAUUAUUAUCUUAGUUUAGUGUAAAACAUAGUCAGACCUAAUAAACCUAUCUUCCUAAUAUCAUGUAUUUAUGAAUUUUGUAUGCUAAUUAAAUUAUCUAGACGUC